CGCGCGGUUGGUACUCUUGGCAGUUCGCCGUCGACCAUUGGUGUCAGCUGGCAGGUCGCUUCAGAUGGUGUCGUGAAUCCAGUAAUAUCACAUCGAUCAGCGCGCGGCGGAGAAAGAGUCAAGAUGAGCGGUGGAAUGCCGGAGCUCGGCUCGAAGAUCAGCUUAAUAUCGAAGGCGGAUAUUCGUUAUGAGGGCCGCCUGUUCACCGUCGAUCCGCAGGAGUGCACGAUCGCCCUGGCUAACGUGCGCUCCUUUGGUACUGAGGAUAGGGAAACUCAACUCCCUGUGGCACCUCAAAAUCAGGUGUACGAAUACAUCCUGUUUCGUGGAUCUGACAUCAAGGACAUCAGGGUUGUCAACAAUGUCAGUUCUAUACCCAAUGAUCCAGCUAUCGUGCAGAUGACAGUCCAACCAACUAUGGGUCAACAGUCUUAUCAACCACAACCCAGUUAUGCUCAUCCAAUGAUGGGUCAAAUGGGUCCAAUGGGCGGCCAAUAUGGGGCCCCAUAUGGUAUGAGUAUGGGAGCAAUGGGUCCGGUAAUGGGAAUGCCUACCGCAGCUAGAGAUCCCCGUGGAGCAAUGAAUAAACAGCCAAGUGAGUUGAGCUUGGGCUCUGCCGAACCCAAUGCCAUCUCUAUCCCAAACUCACUGUCAACGGCCAAUAUCGACCCAAUACAAAAAGAUCAAUCUCUGGAAGAUGGUGUGUUAGAUCUUAUCAGUGGUGGUUCACGCUCCACCACCCCUACGUCGUCCUUACUGACGAGGAAAAGUCCUACGAUGGAUCAGGGGAUUCAGGUAGGACACGAUCAGCAGUCGCAACAGCAGAAUAAUAUUGGAAAGUUGAAUGAUAAAUCGAACAUGAGGACCGUCCAACCACCUCGGCGCGACCAUGACAGUCACGGUACUAAGAACAAUACGGGCAUGCCACAGUACAAUGACGGGAAAAGGGAUAUGAUGAAGCAGGACGGGCAAAUGCAGGGGCAGAGCGGUCAUGCUCAGGGUGGCCGAGGUAACCGCGGUGGUUGGGUGAAUCGCGGAAACAUGAGAGGCAGAGGUGGCAGGGGACGCGGUGGAUUCCGCACGAAUCAAGCGGGCAACGCUGCUAAGCCUAAGAACACGUUGAAAUUUGAUAAUGACUAUGAUUUCGAGCAAGCGAACACCCAGUUCGAGGAGUUGAGGUCACAGUUCGCAAAGACGAAGAUCGAUGCCGGUGCUGACAAUGAGAAGAAAGACGACAGCGGGAACGAGACAGGUGCGGGUGAAGGCGAGCCUGAGGAGGAACCGGAGGUUGUUCAUUACGAUAAGUCGAAAUCGUUCUUCGAUAACAUUAGCUGUGAAGCAGUUGAGAGGAGUAAAGGGCGAUUCCAACGUACGGAUUGGAGAACAGAGCGAAAGUUGAAUUCGGAAACUUUUGGUGUGGCUUCCACAAGACGUGGCGGGUUCCGCGGACGUGGUUAUUACAAUCGUGGAAUGGGAGGCAUGUACAGAGGUGGCGGCGGUGGUGGCGGCAAUGCCGGCUUCCGCGGUGGCUAUCGAGGUACCAGGGGCGGUAAUCGCAAACCUGGUAACCAAUUACAAAAUAACACGGGGAGUCAAAAUCGUGUGACCAACGAACAGUCUACUUCUCAAUCGCAACCGAAUGUAAUCUAAAAAAAGAAAAGCGAGAGAGAGAGAGAGAGAGAGAGGGAGAGAGAGAGAGAGAGA